AUGAACGCCUCUAUCGUAACUGGGCAACAGGCCCGACAGGCUUCACGAAAUAACAAGACACACUCGGCAUCGACUUCAGGUUUAGCACCUGGGUAUUUACAGGCCAAUCUCAUCAUUCUGCCAUCACGCUAUGCGAAUGACUUCCGUAACCUUUGUGCGCGGAAUCCGGUCCCGUGUCCUCUGAUUGCCGAGUCUGCAAACAAGGGAUGCGACAACGCCGUAGUUUCCCAUAUCGACAAUCUCCGAGGCGAUGAGAUUCUCGGAGAAUGGUGCGAUCUAAGGCGAGAUGCGCCCCAUUACAUGGUAUACAAGGACUCGAAGCUUGAAAAGAGCCACUGCGACGAUGUCGUGGCUGAGUGGACGGACGACCACGUUGCGUUUCUGAUUGGUUGCUCGUAUUCUUUUGAAACAGCACUGGCAACUGCAGGACUCCCACCGAGACAGCUUUUGCUAGGGAGAAAUGUGCCGAUGUACAGGACGAAGUUGCGGUUGUGUCCGUCAGGGGUGUUUCAGGGCGGGACGUAUGUGGUGUCGAUGAGGCCAUACAAGAGGCGGGAUGUCGAUAAGGUUAGGGAUAUCACGAGGAGGUUUGGGGCUACGCACGGGGAGCCGUUGGAUUGGGGAUGGGAGGCAGUGGAGAGGCUUGGGAUUAAGGAUAUUGAUAGGCCGGAAUGGGGGGAUGCGCCUUUGGAUGGAGAUGGGAAGAAGGCGUUUGGGGAGAUGAGGGGGCAGAUCAAAUCCAGAGAUGAAGAUGGUGAAUUUAAAGAAGAUGAAGACGAAGGAGAUGAGGAGAUUCCAGUGUUUUGGGGAUGCGGAGUGACGCCUCAGGAGGCGGUGAUGAGGGCUGGGCUGGAGGGAGUGGUGAUGGCACAUGCGCCGGGACACAUGCUGGUGCUGGAUGCACGAGACGAAGAUCUCGCAAGGUGA